UCAAAGGUUGAACACAUUGUUCCUCCGCGGGUUAUUAUGGUUUAGAUAGUUAUGAAUGAAAUCGCAUUGUGUUAACAAAUUUAGUACUUAUAUUCAACCCUUGGGGCCUUUCAACCACCCGGAGUGGCUCUAUUUUUAUUGUGCUUAUAGUCUAUUUCAAGAACAGUGUUUGUGGAAGUCAGACUUAACACAAAAUGGCUGGAAUUCUGUUUGAAGAUAUCUUUGAUGUAAAAGACAUUGAUCCAGAUGGCAAGAAGUUUGACAGAGUGUCUCGACUACAUUGUGAAAGUGAAUCUUUCAAGAUGGACCUCAUCUUGGAUGUGAACAUUCAGAUAUAUCCUGUUGAUCUUGGUGACAAGUUCAGACUGGUGAUUGCCAGCACAUUAUAUGAGGACGGAACACCAGAUGAUGGAGAGUACAACCCUCAGGACGAUCGACCGUCUCGGGCAGACCAGUUUGAGUAUGUGAUGUAUGGAAAGGUGUACAAGAUUGAAGGCGAUGAAACAUCAACUGAAGCAGCGACACGUCUUUCUGCCUAUGUGUCUUAUGGAGGUCUGCUUAUGAGGCUGCAGGGAGACGCCAACAACCUUCACGGCUUUGAAGUGGACUCCAGGGUUUACCUUCUUAUGAAAAAGUUGGCCUUCUGAGCACCAGUCUACUGGCCCACCAACUCACUGCAUUCUGCUGUCAUCUAUCUUUGAAGUCAUAGUGAAAUUCACAUAUCUAGGUCUGGAGCAAUUUACAGAAGUAUAACAUGGACUCUAUUGGAAAAAUACUUUUGGAAAUAUAUUUUCUACGUGUCUUGAUUCAAAAAAUGCUUCAACAGAGACAUAGUACAGACUCAAGACUUUGGCAAAAAUGAACCGAUACAAUCUCAUGCUCAAGCAAUUGUAAAUAAAUAUUUCUUUUAUAAAAACAA